GAAUUUAGAGCAGCUGGAGAAAGCCACUCUUCACAUUAUACUCAACCUGGAUUAAAAAGAAGACGAUGGAGUAUCUACACAGGAUCGGAAUAUACAAAAAUAUAAGUAAAAAUCAAAAGGAAAAGCAAUGGACGGCAGCAAUACGCCGCUGCAGCGUCUAGACCGCCGAAGCGCUUUCCCUCGGCUAUCUUCGGGGCGUUCCAUCGUCUCCUCGGCAACCUUCGUGACUUUCCGGCCCUCCCCGUGUCCGCUCGAGUCCUCUCGGCGAAGCUGAUCCUCUGUCGUCGUCUCCCUCGUCCUCCUCUCCGUGUUGUUGUUCUCGGUGACGCGACGGAGGUGUAGCCUGACGCGGUCUCUUACGUGUCGGUCUGAAUAAAAGUGGAGCUCCGUAGACCCGGGAGUGACGAAGCGAGUCUGUGUUGAUUUUAAAUGACCAUGGAGGCUGGUGCAGACACACAGCAAAGUGGUGAAACAGCAGUCUCGGAAUCUGAGGCCCAGCAGAUCACCCUGACCCAGACAGUGUAUGGUUAUGGGUUGCAGGCGUCCAUAGCAGCAGCCCAGGUGUCGUCCAGUAGUCCCACAGUCACCCUAGUGCAGUUACCCAAUGGCCAGACAGUCCAAGUGCAUGGGGUGAUCCAAGCAGCCCAGCCCUCUGUCAUCCAGUCUCCACAAGUCCAGACGGUUCAGAUUUCAACUGUUGCGGAGAGCGAGGACUCUCAGGAGUCUGUAGACAGCGUGACAGAUUCUCAGAAGAGGCGAGAGAUCCUGUCCAGACGACCUUCUUAUAGGAAGAUUCUGAAUGACUUAUCGUCAGACGUUCCUGCUGUACCUCGAAUUGAGGAAGAAAAGUCAGAGGACGACUCAGCCCCUGCCAUCACCACAGUCACCAUGCCUACUCCCAUCUAUCAGACCAGCAGUGGCCAGUACAUUGCCAUCACCCAGGGUGGCGCCAUCCAGUUGGCCAAUAACGGCACCGACGGAGUGCAGGGCCUGCAGACACUGACCAUGGCCAACGCCGGCGCAGCCCAGCCCGGGGCCACCAUCCUGCAGUACGCCCAGACCAGCGACGGGCAGCAGAUCCUUGUGCCCAGCAACCAGGUGGUUGUACAAGCUGCCUCUGGUGAUGUCCAGGCCUAUCAGAUCCGCACAACCCCCACCAGCGCCAUCACUCCUGGGGUGGUCAUGGCAACUUCGCCUGCACUGGGCACGGGGGGAGGCACCGAAGAAGUCACACGCAAAAGGGAGGUCCGACUUAUGAAAAACAGGGAGGCCGCCCGCGAGUGUCGCAGGAAGAAGAAGGAGUACGUCAAGUGUCUGGAGAACCGCGUGGCUGUGCUGGAGAACCAGAACAAAACCCUCAUCGAGGAACUCAAAGCCCUCAAAGACUUGUACUGCCACAAAUCUGAGUAGAAAGGUCACCAAACGCCUGUCAGUGGCUCAACAGGUGCCCGUCUGUCCCCAUGUACAGAGACUCAGCACAGAGCCAUGCAUCUGGAUGCCACUCCCCCUUUUCUACUCUUUUGCUUUCUUUUUAAAAAACUGCUGAAAUAUCUGUAAAGUGACUCACCAGGAAUAGAGAAAAACACACCACCUCCCACUUCAGCGAUUUUUGAAAUCGUAAUUCUGUUCCCAUCAGUUUCCCAUGAAAGGGUGAGGCAAUGUCAAGGACGGACGUGGAGGAGAGUUCAACUAUACAGGGUCCUUGUGGUGACGCAAUAGAACAGACAAUGAGGCUGUUUCAUGUUUCGAUGCCACUGAUGGGAAGCAUUCCAGUCUCUGGUGCCUGGACGAACUGGGCAACAUCACCAGCAACGGGAAACUGCUCAAUUGCCAUCGCCACUACCGACGGAACUUUUUACAGUUAAAUCUCCCCGAGACACUUGGAGGUUACCUUCGUGUGCAACAUUUGUAAUUGUAACUGAGCUCUUGCAUUAACAUCUGUUACUUAUUAAUGCUUUGAAAUGUAGAUGGGCUGUGUCAUGGACAUUUUUAUCUUUUAGCUAUGUUUUGGUUUACUAUGUAUUGGAUUAUCUGCUUGCGUAAUGCCAUUGACUUUUUUUUUUUUUUGUUUUUUUUUACUACUUUAAUUUACUCUGCCUUGAUACGACAUGAACAAAAAAGAGACUGUAGUUGAACAUCUCUCAAGUGGAACAUUUAUUUAACUCCAAGUGUUUAUUGGGUCUCUGAUGCAUGUUUCAGAUCAUAUUCCUAAGUAAGGCUCUUUGUUUUUUGUUUCUGGCAAUCUUAACAAAAACAUCCCCAGACAUAUAAAAGGAGCACUCAUUUAGUUUCGUUUAGCUCACUGUACUGUACAGUAAACAGGGUCCCCGUGGCAUAAUAUGCCUCUAGAAUAAAACUCAGAUGAACUGCUGCUCAUGCGUCAGAGUAAAUGAUGUAAACAUAAAACGGUUAAAUUACAGUGUUUGUGCUGUCUUCUCCCAUAAUUUAGUAUUAUGGAUUUCUUUUAGAUUAAUUUGAUUAAUUCCUGGAUUUGAACAAAAACAAUGAGCCUUACUUGUUUUGCAAUGGAAGAAAUACCUUGCCUGCAUAUGUCUUCUUUGUCUUUUUUUGCCUUUAGCUUUUAUUGGCAGGACAUUAGAAAGAAGGGAUGACAUGCAGGAAAGGGCCUCAGUAUACGACUCGGACUUGGGCCGCUACUGUAAAUGCUCAGCCACGACACAAAGUAUGCGCUAGGGAUGGGACGACACGUGGUUUUAUCGUGAUUAAAAACACUCCGAUGAGUUCGUGAAUAUCCUCAUGAGUGACUUGAAAAGCGAUCUUGCUUGCUAACGUACACUCUCUAAUAUUGAUCUCCCUGCCUCCUUUCAAUGGAGCCUGCAUCUCUCCAAUCAUUCCAGAGUCACCAUGGCUGCGGGCUCGGCUUGCCCCGCUGUACUCCCCACAAAUGACCUUAAUUCGGAUGUGUAUAACUACUAACUAAAGAAGGACAGGGAGGUGAGAUGCAGGUCUGAGGUGACCCAUCAGUGAUGCAAUAAAAUAUUUGUUUCUGAACUAAAUAAGGUAAAAUGAUCCCAGUAAAUUAAAAAGCCAUUUUAAAGAGUUUUAAUAUGUUGAUUAACAAUAUGAUGUCAGUCGCAGUGAGUUUGGCCAGGAAAAUUGUGAAAUCAAACAUCCAUAUCGUCCCAUGCCUCGCACGCAUUCUACCCAGUGAGCUACAAGGGCGCUCCCCUUUGACUCCAUAUUUCGAAACAAACUUUGGAAACACGUGGUCCAUCACUGGAAUCAUGGGUUGCCUUGAAUGUUUAUGUAUCAUACUGUCUUUGAACAUGUCAUGACCGCACCAUUUUGUUGUUGGGGAAAGUUUUGAUAAGGCAUCAGCAGAGGCCGCUUCAGAGUUCUGUUUACAGGAUUACAAAGUGGCACGCGCACUUUCCUUGCAUAUACAAUCCUAACACAUUUCACUAUACCACAGGAAAAUGUCAGGUUUUACUCCAGUAACCCUGCUAACCAGUCAUCAGUUACUGUCAUGAGUGUUUUGUUGCUUAGCGAUGAUCAAGGCAUCAUCGUGCAUUUGAUUAGACGUUAUUAGUUGUGCCGGGCCUCAUAUCUCACAGAGUACGGUUCGAUUGCACCUAUCAGACGCCCUGCGAAAGCAUUGUAAAAUGCGACCAAAUCGAAAAGAGAGCGACUUCACGGUGAACAAAAUGGAUAUUUUCAUGAUGAUGAAAUGCCAUAUUGUAUUACUUAAGGUAUUAUGUAUUGUCAUUACAUAGUAUGCUUUUUUUUUAAUGUUGCUUUUCAUUAAUUUUGUAUUCACAAUUUCUAAAUGUCGGCACCAACUUGUAUAAUACAGUGCAUUAUGUUAGAGCUAUUGAAAUAUUACAUUUUUGGCAGCUGUUAAUAAAUGUGUUUCUGGUAA